AUGGCUGACCAAGCUCGUGUCUCUUACAUGACCAAGGAACAACUGGGUACUAUUUUGUUUUCUCUGCCACCGGAAAUAGUACCGCAAACACGGCUCUAGAAUGGCCCAGCUAACUCCCGUCUCUCUAGAAUCUUACCUUUCUGAUCUGCGCUCCAACCGUCCCCAGCGGCCCAGCGGUGCCCGUCCAUUGUCAUCGGCAGCUAAAACGAGAUGGACACCCCAGAGUUCCAAUGACCCGACCGAAACAGCAUCCGAACCGUCGACAUAUUCCACUCCCUCAAGAUUCACACCACCCCGCAAAGCAAGCACCUCUCCGGCCAAAUCGUUUAACGAGACGCCCCGACGGGAUGGCUGGUUGCUGAGGAGAAAUUCGCACAAGAGAUCCAAUACCAUCUCCACACCUUCCUUAUCCCCGUUUAGAACCACCCCCCCAACCCCUACGUCAGCCGAAAAAGGGAAAGGCUGGGACGGGGUAUCACUUCAGGACGGGAGGAUGGGGGACGUCCCAAUUCCGCAUGUUCCGACACUUACUAGGAGUAAUUCAGAGAAGAAGCGGGAUUCGUUUAGUUUCCGAGACUUUUCCAAGUUUGGCGGUGGGCACGGGAGGUCGAAUUCGGAGUCUUCUACCACAUCCACGAACUCUUCUACUGGCGCUACAAUCACGCGCAAAAAGAGUGUGACUUGGGCUUUGCCUGCACUUUCCAGGCCGUCUUCCCCUCCAUCGGUUGUUAUGCCACCGACACAUCCCCCUCCGCGCUCUGCUACUCCACAGAUUGAGGAGGAAUUGACUUUGCAUUUCAGAUCGUUGCCGACUGCCCCGUUGCCUGCCGUUGCCCCUUUGAGGAUUAACAAGACGUCUGUGUCCGGACGUUCAACGCCAACUAUUGGAGGAAAGGCUUCUUCGGUCGAGCCAAUGCAGAAGGGGCUUCCGGUCGUGCCGGAGAUUGCCCCAGGAUUGAAGGAGUUUGCUGGUAUUCAGGGUGCACGUAGAGAGUUUGUUGAACCGCAUAUGCGGGAGCCAACGCAGGAGAAUAGCCCACGGUACACCACUAAUCCUGUGCCGUUGCCAUCCCCACCAAUGUCUGGGUCCGAGGAGGAGGAUACGGAUGCUGCGGAGGCGGAGGCUUUGAAGGAAUUGGGGAGGAGGCCGUUGCCUAGAGUUGGGAGUGGGGAAACUACUGGCGCUGUUAGGAGGAAUAAUCAGAAGUAUGGAGCUCAAGUGCAGCCUCCGCUGCCGCCGGUUGUGGGGAUUGUCAUCAGCGAUAGUCCUCCGCCUACUGCUUCGAGUUCCACCUCCACGAUCACCAAGGCUCCUUCUAUUCCCACAAUUCGUGCCCCGGAAGACAAUUCCCGGCCCCUGGUACCCACCAUAAGCUUCCCGGAUAGUGAUGAGGUCAAGAAGGAUACCGGGCCGGCUCAUCCAGUGCCUACCAUCUCACUCCCGGACGCGCCUUCGUCUUCGUCUUCAGCAGAGCCUCCAACUCCUACCCCAUCUGCCCCCAGGCGCCCUCUUCCUACACCUCGUGCAUUCCCGAAACCUCCUUCCUCGAAUUACUCUUCCGCGUCUUCUGCUGGCCGUGGCCCUACUGCUUCAUGCGCAUACUGCAGAACUCCAAUUGAGGGUCGUGUAGUAUCUGCCUCCUCCCUUCGUUUCCACCCAGAGUGCUUCCGUUGCGACCAUUGCCACACCCGCCUCGAACACGUGGGAUUCUUCCCGGAACCCGAGGACAGCCGCAGGAAACGUGCUGAGGCUUUCCAGGAUGAUAAGAGUUCUACGUCUUCCGGAUCUACUGCGGCUGCCCACAGAGUCAAGUUUUACUGCCAUCUAGACUUCCACGAGUUGUACUCUCCGAGGUGUAAGAGCUGUAAGACACCUAUUGAGGGUGAGGUGGUUAUGGCAUGUGGCGGGACCUGGCAUGUUGGUCACUUUUUCUGUGCGGAGUGUGGCGAUGUAGGUUCUGACCGUGUCUUUUCCGUCAAAUAUAUCAGAGCGAGUGCUAACAUGUAAUAGUCUUUCAACGCCUCGUCCAAAUUCGUUGAAAAAGAUGGAUACGCCUGGUGUGUGGGCUGCUACCAAAAACGCUACAGUGGUCGUUGUAAGAAAUGCAGACAGCCGAUUACCGAGACUGUAGUUAAAGCCCUGGGAGCGGAGUGGCAUGAGACGUGCUUCUGUUGCACUGUAUGUCGUUCUGAUCCCCGACUGUGAUCUGCGUAAUGUGCUAAUGGCUUUAUAGGAAUGUUCCACCAAAUUCGAUGAUGGCCGCUUCUUCAUCCGUGGCGAUAAAGGAAAAGAGGUACCCGUGUGUGUAUCUUGCGAGGAACGGAGAUUGAAAGCUUGAUUGUGACUUUGAUUCUUGCUUUACUAGCUUAUGCCUUGCUUGUUACUUGCUUGUUCGCGGGAUCCGAUUAUCUGUCUAUCUAUCUGGGUCGCAUGUUUGUCGGAGUACUACUACUUGUUUGCUUGCCUUGUUUUUUUUAUUUUUUAUUUUUGCAUAGAUGCGGUGCAUGUUGGAAUCCAUAUUUUCUUAUCUGGGUAGAUUGAGCGAUUGAUUGGUUGCAUGGAUUUGGAACUGUUGCUCAUGAUGGAAAUGUAGGGUAGGCGAGUGAGGACUUAUUUUGUCGUUUGAUGUUUAUUUUGAAUACGAUUGUACUCUUACAAUG